AUGGCCGCGCAGGGGGUUCGCGUGACCCUGCUCGAGCGCCACCCGCUCGCGUCCGGGGGGGUGAAAAAAUUCGCCGGCCGUGGGCGAUGCGUGGAGGUGCACGUCCCGGUGAAACUCCCCCGCGCCUUGGAUUAUCGCGAGGCGGAGGGGAUCCUUUCGGCGAUUCAACGCGCCGUCUCCCCGCUGCUCGUCGUCGCGCGCGGGAUCAGCGACGCGGAGCGGGCGCAGGCGUUAGGCUUGCGCGAUGAUCCCGAAUCCAACGCGAUGUGGACCUUCACCUUCGCCAGCCUUCGCGAUAUCGUGAUUCGGGAUGUGCGCGGGAUCACCGUGCAGGCAACUGCCCUCAAGCCGGCCGAGGUGGGGAACUCGCCGAGGCCGCCGAAGGAGCAGCAGCUCUCCCUCGCCGAGGCCUUUUCGCACGCCCAAAAGCGAAAGGAGAGGGAGGAGCCUUCUUUGGACGUGAAGAGGGAGCCCUUGGAAUGCGCUCGCAUGGAUGAGGAGUUGCGCUCGUUUGCCUUUGGGCUCGCGGAUGCCCCCUCGGCUUCGUUGCUUCGGCUUUCCACGAUGCAAUGGGGAGGGGAGUUUGUGGGGUUGUGGAAGGAAGGCUGCACGGAGGCCUGCGCGAGGCAGAACUGGCAGCAGGUUAGAGGAUUUUUGAGGUGUGCGCUAUGGAAACUAAGCGAGGUCGAGGACCUGGGGGAUCCGCGUGGGGAGUUUCAGAAGCUUUACGACUUUGUCUUCUCGCUCACGAAGCAACCGAUCACAAUUCAGUGA